UUUGACACAACACUGACGCCAUGGCCAUCCACAUCCCUGGACUUAUCGCCAUCAUCCUCUUCUAUGUCCUUAUCGUGGCCGUGGGCAUCUGGGCAUCCCGGAAGUCCAAGAAGACGGGGGACAGCACGGAGACUGAGGAGGUUAUGCUGGCUGGACGCAACAUCGGCCUCAUCAUUGGGAUAUUUACCAUGACGGCAACAUGGGUGGGCGGGGCCUACAUUAACGGAACAGCGGAAGUGAUCAUGAGCAGCGGGUUGCUCUUCUGUCAGGCGCCUGUAGGAUACGCUCUGAGCUUGGUCUUUGGUGGUCUGUUCUUCGCCAACCGAAUGAGGACAGAGGGUUACGUCACCAUGCUUGACCCGUUCCAGAUCAAGUUUGGGGAGAGGAUGGGAGGCCUGCUGUUUAUUCCAGCCCUGUUGGGCGAGGUCUUUUGGACAGGUGCCGUGCUGGCUGCUCUAGGUUCCACCCUCUCUGUCAUCAUGGAACUUGAGCCUAGACCGGCCAUCAUCAUCUCUGCCUGUGUGGCCCUGUUCUACACCCUCAUCGGUGGCCUCUACUCGGUGGCCUACACCGACGUGGUUCAACUCUUCUGUAUCUUCUUUGGCCUGUGGAUCAGUGUACCCUUCGCCAUGACGCAUCCAGCCACCACCAGCAUCGCCGUGAACGCCACCCAGAACUGGAUCCACCCCAUCCCCACCUCCGUCAUCCCGUCCUACAUCGACAGUUUCCUGUUGCUGACGUUUGGUGGUAUCCCCUGGCAGGUGUACUUUCAGCGCGUGUUGUCUGCAAAGACGGCCUUGAAGGCCCAAAUCCUGUCCUACAUCGCCGCCUUUGGCUGCAUCGUCAUGGCAACGCCUGCAGCUUUGUUGGGAGCUGUUGCCGCCUCUACUGACUGGAACAAAACCGACUGGCCGGGUGAGGUGCCCAUCCCAGCUAAAGAUCUGCCCCUCAUUCUGCCCAUGACGCUCCAGUACCUGUGCCCCCCUGCCAUCACCUUCCUGGGGCUCGGCGCCCUCUCGGCGGCCGUCAUGUCGUCUGCUGACUCGUCCAUCCUGUCUGCGGCCUCCAUGUUUGCCAGGAACAUCUACCGCUCGGUGUUCAGACAUGCGGCGUCAGAACGGGAGAUAAUCUGGGUCAUGAGGGGUGCUAUUUUCGGAGUGUCCGCCCUGGCUCUAGCCAUGGCGCUGUGUGUCGAGUCCAUCUACAUCCUCUGGUACCUCUGUGCCGACCUCGUCUACGUCAUCCUCUUCCCCCAGCUCGUCUCCGUCAUCUACAUCAAGAAGUCCAACACCUACGGCUCCCUGGGGGGGUACAUCUUCGGCAUGUUCAUCCGUAUAGCUGGAGGUGAGCACUCUAUAGGCCUGCCCGCGCUCAUCAAGUUCCCCCUGUUCGACGAGGUCAACCAAGUUCAAGGCUUCCCGUACAAAACUCUAGCCAUGCUGGUCACUCUCCUGACCUUGGUCAGUAUAUCCUACUUCAGCAUAUACCUGUUCGAGAGCGGGAUCCUCCCUCGGCGAAUGGAUAUCUUCAUGUGCAUCGUCAACAUCCCGGACGAGCAGAUGGUGCUGGCAUCACGCGAGAGUGUAGAUGAGCACAUCAAGUUCGGGCUGUACGGGAAGGAGAACGGCAAGGUCAACCCGGCCUUGAAGUUUUCCACCGAAGACCUCAUCACGCCUGGAGAUUCCGCCAUCGAGAAAGUACUUCCGGAGAAGAGGAGCGAUUUAAUACAGUAGUGCUAGACUUGCAGGGAACAAAAGCCAGAUUUUUUUUCAAAUUUUUGAUUCAAGGACAAUCA